CCUACAAAUAUCAGCGAACGCUCCACCCAUCCAGCCACUCACAGCGAGCCUCCUUCAGCUGACGCAGCCGGAGGAACAACAGCAACAAUGGGGGUGACAAUUAGAGUCGAGUACUGCGGCGCAUGAGGAUACGAACCCCGCUAUCAGGAGCUCGCCCGGGUUGUCAAGGCUGAGUUUCCUGAUGCGGAUCUGUCAGGCUUCGUGGGAAGACAGGGCAGCUUCGAGAUUGAAAUCAACGGGCAGCUCAUCUUCUCCAAGCUUGAGACUAGUGGCUUCCCAUAUGAGGAUGACAUCUUGAACGCGGUCCAGAGCGCCGAGGAUGGGAAACCCGUCCAGAAGAUCACCAAAAGCCGCGCGCCCUGCGUCAUCAUGUAAACCUCCCCCUCGGUCCUGCUUUACCAUCAAGCAGCAUCAAGAGAGGCCAGUGCAACUGUAAACUGCCAAUGCCACCUCCGGGUCUACCUCCACACUGCUGAAGUGGGCUGGGAUGGGAGGACCGUGCUUUUAUACGAAGCCGACGAGAUGCACUAUGACCACUAGCUGCUUUCUUUGAUGCAGAUCGCUAAAACUCUUGCUCGCGACUUCUGGCUCCCCUCUCUGUUCUCAUUGUGGAGCUCCAGGCUGUCAAUGAUUACUGUAGCCUAAAAAGUUAAAGGUUGCAGUAUGAAGAAUCCAUUCCUGGUUUUCCUCAUGGGAGCUGAGACAGGGUAGAAGAUGUCGCCGCAGAGUUGGAGGGAGCUUCUUUUUUUUUUCUCUACAGUCUCAUUGCCCAGCACUCUCUAACUGCCUAACUCUUGGUUUCCAAGUCUUUGUUUAUUGAGCUCGUAUGCAAAUCUUCUGGAUAACUUUUCCGUAAAUGGAGACUUUGCCUGUGCACGGCUCUGCUAUGAUAAAUUAAUCUCUUAACAAGAAUCUUUCUGACUUUCUGAUUACUGUAUGGAUUGUGGACUGUGGAUAGGGAUGUCAUAAUUUGUGGCUGGCGUAUUUAAAAAUGAAGCUUUUCUUUUUCCGAUGCAUAUCAAAUUGGAAUAGUUUUAACGGUUAAAAUGGAAUGCUAAGCUCUUCUGCAAUUUUAAACCGGUCUUUUACUAGAGCGAGCAUCAGAAGUGCUUCUGAAGACCACCGCCCACUGGUCUGUCAGCUCACAUCAGUUGCAUGUCAGCGCAUUUUCCACAAAUCAUCUCGCAUUGUUUACUUGGAUGUCAAAACUGUAGACUUUGAAUAAAGAUAAUGGUUGUUUAA